AUGAACGCCAUACGCCAGUCGCUUCGCCCGAAACACCAAGUGCUCGUCCUCAAGUGUUACCCGCAGUUCAGGAAAAACAACAAUGUGGAGGUCAAGCCGAACAGCAGCGAGCUCAGCUAUCUCCUGUACUAUGCCAGCACGCGGAGAAGCAAGCUGCAGAAGGUCGGGGACUUCCUGGACAUGAAGAACGCGAGAGACGUCUCAAAAGCACGCAUCAGCAAUGUCCAAGUCACGCUCCAGAUACUACGCGCCCUCAUCGAGAAGUGCCCCCGCGACCUCCCUCUAUUCUCCGGCGCGCUUCUUCGCAUCUUCCGCACCAUUCUCAAAUCCAACGACCUCACGUUACUCGAGGAGUCAGUACCCACAUUUGAUACCUUCUGUGCGCACCAAGAUCCUGCCACGUUAGCUGCAGACCAGGACUACAUCAAGCAGUAUGAGGAGGUCGUACAGCUGUACGCCGCCUUCGCGAGCAAGGAGCCUCAGCUGCAGACGAGGGCGCCAAUCAGCUGGCCGGUGGCUACAAGAUUCAGGAAGGCAGGACUGGAGGCUAUCAAGAGCGUCGCGUCUUCCGCCUCGCUGAGCUCCGAGACCGGCCGACAACUCUCGGUCAUCAUUCCGGUGAUCUUACUAAACAUCUACUCCAAGAGCGGAAGCUAUCUUAGCACACUGGAGCACCGUGAGCGGGAAAAGGAAUCCACCGAAAAGGCGCAGGAGUUCCGAAGGAGACAGAGCAUGGCCACUGUGCGAACGUUCGAGGACAAUGAAGCCGACCCGCUCGCUGCGUCUGGGACAACGGAGGAUGCGGAUAAACUGGCAGAAGAAGAGGUGGGAAUAGUAGCGCUGCAGGCGCUGAGGCAUGUCUUUGUCGGGGUAAAUCGUGGACAGCUGCGUCUGGCUACCUCGACUGUCAUCAGUUUUGUCGGCAACCGGGUCAAGCCACACGAGCAUUUUUCGUUCGAGAAGCCAACGGCCCAUACCGGUUCGUGGCCGACAACUCUCUUCGGGAUGAUUUGUGGUUGGGCGCCUGUACAAGAUCGAUAUAUCAUUCUUGUCACGGCUAUGGAAACCCUUAUCCGGAGUCCUAUUGUUGAAGAAGACUUGAACCGCCAACUUGUGCUUGCGACAAUCAUUGGUUGGUUGCUACGUUCGAAGAUCAACUUCAUUGGACUCAGUGUCAUGGACGUUCUCAUAGGCCUCAUACAGCACAUACUCCUCUUGCUCCAGCUCGGAGGCAAGGGUUCUGGUCUGUACCCGCACCACCAACAGGCAGACGUCAUCAGCCCAACCAGUCCCAGAGUUGAUGCGUUCAGUCAAGGCGCUCCUAGAAACUCCUCAAGUACCGUUCUGGUGGAGGUGACUCAGACGCCUUCUCCGUCACGCAUACGGCUUCUUGAGCAACUGCAGAAAGCCAUCGGAUCUCUGGCAACGCACAUAUACUACACAGACCAAGUAUCCGACAUGGUCUCUACCAUCUUCAUGCGGCUAAAGCCGUCUCUACAGUCGGACAUCACGUCUACUGUGGCAGCGAUCGAAGACCCUGUUGGCGCCGCGGAUGCCGUAGCCGGCUCAAUCAAUAUGAAGCAACCACCUGGAACAGAUAAUUUCUUCUCCUUCGACACUGCGAAGAUCACAGCUUUGACAUCGAUUAAGGAUAUCUUGAUUGUCGCCAACUCCAAAAUUCCGGAGAAGCGAUCGAGUGCUGUGGGCCGCAGCCAGGUUGGCAUUCCUGUGUGGGAAGGCACACAAUGGCUUCUGCGAGACCCCAAUGGAGAAGUCAGGAAGGCUUACGCAGAUACGUUGCUCACUUGGCUGGAUCUCGAGAUGCGGAAGGAUGACCUGCGCGUCGAUAAGGACCGAAGCCGCGCUAAGAAGCCAGAGAGAAAGCCGUUAGGCCUAUCGAGGAGCGACGAUCUUGCACGGCGAGCAAUCUCUAAUGCCUCGCAGCGCGACAGAUCCCCCAAACACGCGCGUUCAACGUUUCUUCAGCUGCUUCAUCUCGCCAUAUACGACAACGCGCACCAGUAUGCUGAGUCCGAACCCGACAUCCUGUUAGCGCACCUGCUUCUAUCAAGGUUGGUGCAUAAGCUGGGCGUCAAUGCGGCCUGCUUUGGUUUGCCCAUGAUACUGCGUCUCCAGGAGGACAUCCAGCUCAUAACAAGCCCGACAGCAAAGGUCCACAUAGGAAGCCUGGUGCACGGCUACCUCUGGGCAUUGAGUAUAGUCUUCGACUUCGAAGUGUCAUCUAUUGGCCGUGAGAUUCAUAGCGAAAUCUCCCGUCGGAGCAGCUUGGGGAUGUGGGUCUCCGCCGUGCGCUAUCCUCCACUGCCCCUUGACCGCAUUGGGACGCCCUCAUCAAUUUCACGGUGCGCGAUUCCUACAGAGAUUGUCCAGACUGGUGUCCUCAAGCCAUUUGACGAUCGCCGAGGCCUUGUCGACCGGAUAGCCACAGGUUACACCGAAGCUCUGAUAACGCCUCCCUCCAGCCCCCAAAGCUCUCCCGGCCGCAGAUUCUCUGUCGCUGCAGUCGCACAACCAGUUCGCGACCCAUCCUCAAACGAACUGCCGCAGAAAAUUCAAGAAGAGCUCUUGUUCGACUGGUCCAAGGAUGCAGUCAUUGCCGCGACAACCAAGAAGGAGAACUCCAGCUCCGGCUCGUUCACCGGUUCUGGCCCGCGCACUCACCGCAGCGCGAAAAAUAAUCUGCUUACAGUCAGUGGCGGCGGUGCUGCGAAUGACGACGCCGCAAACAGCGGUGCUGCCAGCCCGUUACGGACGCACCACUCUCGGCGCAGCAAGCGGAACCUGCCUGCCGAGGGCUUCGGUCUCCCGCCGCCAGGUCGACGUGGCACCAGCGCUUCCAACAGUUCGCGGCCCAGUAGCUCCUCCGUCCGCUCAACCGUCCACGUCCAGGACCUGAAGAAAGUGUUGAACGGCGAGGAGCCGGUGAGACUGAACACGUCGUAUUCGAGGAAAAGCAGACAUAGCAGGCUGAAUGAGGACUCGGACUCUUCGAGUCUUGUCUCUGCAGACGGCUUCUCGUUCUCUGACGCUAGCUUCGUGCAUCAGCCGCCCGUGGGCGAUACAUUCGAUCAUGCGGAGCGGCGGAGGUCAGAUACACAGGGCUCCGCACUGCCACGACCUGGGAAUAUCGCACCGGGCUCUACGGCGACGGGGGAGCAGUACUCGUCCGAGAGGGAGAGGAGGGCAGAAGACAUCCCGCCCGUCCCGCCAUUGCCUGCUUCUCUCCAGUCAUCAGCACCGCACGCGCAGUUCGCUCCCAAGAUCCCCGCACGAAAGUCCGCCGGUCGCGCGUCUGUUGAGUUCGAGGGCGCAGAGCCGGGACACGAGAGGCCGAAGACGUCGCCGGCGCCUGCCACAACGAACGGAGCUGUCUAUAGAGGGACCGAGGAUGGUGUCGCAGGGAGGGGCAGCGUCAGCGUGAAGGGCAGUGUCCGGACGGCUGGUAGCAGGUACGAUGGGCGCAAAGGGGCAGGCGGCGCAAAGGACUUGUUGGGAUUGUUGGAUGCGAUUGAUACGGGGAGCAUGGAAAGCGGCGGGACGAUUGGGAAGGCGCCGUACUAG